UUGGCGGCGGCCCCCCCCUCGUGAGGUGAAAGGUCAGCCAAAGGGGGCCUUCCCCCUCUCCUCGCCCUUCCCCCACCUCCUGACAUGCCAACCCAGCAGUCGGCGGCGGAGCAGCUGCGCAAAAGGUUCUAGGUUUUUCCAACUCCCCUUUUCUUUUGUGCUCAUUUUGAAGCCCCGGAAAUGGAGUUUGAGCUCAUGGAGAAUGACAUCCUAGAGUCUCUGGAAGACCUCGGUUACAAAGGCCCAUUGUUAGAAGACGGUGCUCUGACCCAGGCAGCUUCUGGUGGGGCCAGUUCCCCUGAAUAUACUAAACUCUGUGCUUGGCUAGUGUCAGAGUUAAGGUUAUUUUGCAAACUAGAAGAGAAUGUGCAAGCAACUAACAGUCCUACCGAAGCAGAUGAGUUCCAGCUUGAAAUGAGUGGGUUACUGGGUGAAAUGAACUGCCCAUAUACAACACUAAUAUCAGGAGACGUCACCAAGCGCCUUCUCAAUCAGAAGAACUGCCUGCUGCUGCUCACAUACCUCAUCUCAGAACUGGAAGCUGCCAGAAUGCUCUGUGUGAAUGCUCCUCCCAAAAAAGCCCAGGAGGGGGGUGGUAGUGAAGUCUUUCAGGAGCUGAAAGGCAUAUGUAUUGCUUUAGGCAUGUCCAAGCCUCCUGCCAACAUAACUAUGUUCCAGUUCUUCAGUGGAAUAGAAAAAAAGUUAAAAGAAACAUUAGCAAAGGUUCCUGCAAAUCAUGUAGGAAAACCUUUACUGUCAAAACCAAUGGGUCCAGUUCAUUGGGAAAAAAUUGAAGCUAUUAAUCAAGCCAUAGCCAACGAAUAUGAAGUCCGGAGGAAAUUGUUAGUGAAGCGUCUGGAUGUGACUGUCCAGUCGUUCGGCUGGUCAGAUCGAGCAAAGAGCCAAACAGAGAAAUUGGCUAAAGUCUACCAGCCGAAGCGUGCCACCCUUACUACCAAAUGCGCUAUAUCUGUCGCUCACCUCUUGGCAGCUCGGCAAGACUUGUCAAAGAUUAUGAGGACGAGCAGCGGGUCCAUCAGAGAAAAGACUGCAUGUGCUAUUAAUAAGGUAUUAAUGGGCCGAGUUCCUGACAGAGGUGGCAGACCCAACGAAAUUGAACCUCCUCCUCCCGAAAUGCCACCGUGGCAAAAAAGGCAAGAUGGUCCUCAGCAGCAAAGUGGUGGAGGCAGGGGUGGCAGAGGUGGCUAUGAGUCAUCCUACGGAGGUCGUGGAGGUUAUGAGCAAGGGGGCCAUGACCGAGGAGGCCGUGGAGGAUAUGACCAAGGAGGCUACGACCGUGGCAGCCGUGGAGGGUACGACUCAUCCUAUGGAAGCCGUGGAGGCCAUGAACAUGGGGGUCACGAGCGAGGAGGGCGAGGACGUGGUGGCUAUGACUAUGGAGCCAGAGGGGGAGGCAGAGGAGGCUGGACUGAUGGUGGAGGAAGUGGCUAUCAAGAUGUCAACUAUAGGGAUAGUAACUACAGAGACGCAAGCUUUCAAACUGGGGGUUAUCACGGUGGUGGUGGCUAUCAAGGAGGUGGCUAUGGUGGUUAUCAAUCUUCAUAUUCAGGAAGCGGAUAUCAAGGUGGUGGCGGCAGCUACCAGCAAGACAACAGAUAUCAAGAUGGGCACUCCAGUGAUCGAGGUGGAGGCCGCGGAGGAGGCCGUGGCCGUGGCCGUGGCGGCCGUGGUGGGCAAGGUGGUGGCUGGGGAGGAGCAAGAGGUGCACAGAACUUUAAUCAAGGGGGGCAAUUUGAGCAGCACUUCCAACAUGGGGGAUAUCAGUACAAUCAGUCUGGAUUUGGACAAGGAAGACACUUCACAAGCUGAGGCUGCAAAAGCUUCCAUUUGGGCAGAGCUCAUGUAAUAGAUUUUCUAUGGUUUUCUUUCUGAAUUAGUACCAGGCCAUGUCAGGCUGCUUCCGGAAAAUGAUUUUUUGCUUUUGAGCACCUGCGAAAGGUGUGCAUAAGUCUGAUGCUGCCUAAAAUGCAGCAUUUCAACUCCAGGAAGCUCAGAACUUUUAAGACAGCAGCCCUGGUUCUGUUCACUAAAGGAAAAUUGAGUACAUGUCUGUCACACCUUUAAUAUGCAAACUAGUAUGUCUGUCAGUUUUUACAUGAGCUCAUUCUUCCUUUAAGAAUUUUCCGCUCUUCAAGCCACUUGGAAUAUUGCUCUUCACCCUGAUUUUCUGUAGACAACAAGCUGACUUCAAACCUGUAUUUUAAAGCUGCAGGUGUGUGUAGUUAAGUUGUGCGCAAGACCCUUUGAAGUGGGUUGGAUUUAUGCAUUUGUAACUGCACAGAAUUGCAGCCUGCUUCAUGGGGUCCAUGUCUAUUAUAUGAGCUCUACUGCUGAUGACUUGUUCAAUAGCCUUAUCUCUCAUUGAUCAAGACCACACUCAUGUCCCCAUCAGAGACCCAGCCACUGUCAUGCCACGCAAAGGUCAUAUAACAAACCGAGCUAAGUUGUGAACAGAUAGUAUAUGUAGCCUUGUGCUUCAGCAUAAUUCAGAUUCAUUUCACACACCAGAAAACAGUUGAUCCCCUGACCAGCCUAAUUUUUACUUGAAAUUAGCUAGCAGUAAUGGCAAGCUGAAACUUGUUUUGUGCACGAGUUAAUACCACUGAUCAGCAAUUCUAGGAUGAUUUCAAUUUUUGGCAUCUAACGUGACAAAAUGCCCUUCAGGUGGGAUUGUUACAGUUUUCCUUACUAAAAGUCACAUCAGUGCACCUUGCCUGGGGUUUUUUUGUGUAUGAGUGUGAGUGUGUGUGUGUGUACAGAAACAUUGUCAAGCUGUGAAAGAAAAAUGGCUGAAGGUGUGCUAUUGUAUAAAAGGUGAGCAAUAAAAGUAUCUGUUCUCCUA